AUGUCAUCUCUAACGUACCCCGCUGCAGCACUAGGUCUUGCUCUAGUGACGUGGGCAGCUUCAUCUGCCUCGCGUCGCAAUCGUCAUGACAUAAACGCUUACCCACCUGGACCUUCUGGACUUCCUCUACUCGGCAAUGUAUACCAGAUCGAUGGGAUGGCGCCAUGGAUGACGUUCACAGAGUGGAAGGAUACAUACGGCGACGUCGUAUAUUGCCGGCAGCUCGGCACUGAGCUUGUCAUUUUGAGCUCUGAGGAAGCCGCACGAGACCUGCUCGACAAACGCUCGAGCAACUACUCGGACAGGAUGCACAUGGCAAUGAUGGAACCGUACGGUUUCAAGUACAACACUGUCUUCAUCCUGCAUGAUGAUAUAUGGCGCCUGCACCGACGCAUAGCCCAUCAUAGUCUCCGAGAGCAUCACGUCAACAUGUUCCGGCCAACACAACUACGCUUCUCCGAUGUGCUUCUGGAGAAUCUAGCAGCAAACCCCGACAAGUACCACGAUCAUUUCCAAAGGUUCUCAGGCUCCGUAGUCCUUUCUGCAACCUUUGAUCACGAUGUAGUUGAUAACGAUGACUUGCUAACACGUGUGGUUACGGACACCACUUCGCUCACCAACAGGCUCACUUCACCCGGUAACACGGUGCUAAUGAACUUCCUCCCCAUUCUUCAGUACGUCCCAACGUGGGUCCCCGGUGGCUGGCGCAAUGCCGCCGCAGCGAGGAAGAAAACAGAGAGGAUGCUGAAUCUGCCGUUUGAACUGCUGAAUGCUAAAAUUGUGUCCGGCAUGGCUGGGCAUUCGAUUGCCCUCGAUGCACUUGAAGGGCUCGAAGAGACAAACAAGGUCGACAACUUUGAAGAGGUUGUGAAGGGAGCGUGCAUGACCCUGUAUGCUGCUGGCGAGGAAACGGUAUUUCUCAGCAAUGCUCGCCGUGACCACCUCACUGAUAUUGACUUUAAGACCGCCUCGACCAUGAUGGUCUUCCUCCUCGCCAUGUGUCGGAACCCAGAUGCUCAAAGGCGGGCGCAGCAAGAGAUAGACGCAGUUAUUGGCGCAGACCGCCUCCCCGACUACAAUGAUCGGGGAUUGCUUCCGUAUGUUGAGGCGGUGUAUAGAGAGGUCUUGAGGUGGUAUCCUGUCGCCCCUCUAGGUAUUCCGCACGCGUCGACGAAUGAUGAUGUAUAUGGCGAUUGGUUCAUUCCCAAAGGAAGCACCAUAAUUGCCAACGUUUGGGCAAUGUCCCACAACCCCGCCAAAUAUCCCGAGCCCUCCGCUUUCAAGCCCGAACGCUUCCUCGACGCGCACGGGCAGCUCACGGACGACAACGUUAGCUACAUCUGGGGCUUCGGUCGGCGCAUCUGCCCCGGCCGCCACUUCGCAACCAACUCGGUUUGGAUCGCGAUCGUACGCAUGCUCGCUGCGUUCCGAUUUGAGUUCCAGUCCGAAUUCGAGAGGGCGGGAGCCGAUGUAAAGUGGAUCAACAGUAUUACUUCUGUGCCGGCGCCUUUUCCGUGCCGCAUUGUGCAGAGGCAGAAUACCACGCAUGAUCUAUGACAUUUGACAUCGUCAAUCUCAAGGCUGCUAUUU